AUGAAAUUUCAACAGGAAAUGGAUGAAACAGGUCAAAACUCAAAUAUGGAGAAUAGAGAAGAUGGCUGUGAAUUUAAGUGUAAAUCAUGCAAUUUAAGUGAAAAGGCCAUGCGCCGUGAAGCGAUCUGGCUGACUCGUCUCACCUCACCGGCCGCCUACGAAACGCUACGAGAGUUACGGCGUCUAACGAGACGGACCGAUGAGCGUGUCCCGCUCUGGGGCGCGUUCCGUCUCGAC